UAUGUAAUCAGUCGUUGAAAAUUAAGUAACCGUUAAACAACGAAAUCGUUGAAUUGUCGAUCGAUCGCUCUUGUGCGCGCGCCCGUUUACACUCUCUCUCUCUCGGAAAGAAAAAAAACGCAAAAUAUCAACAACACCCAACGUUCAAACAUAGAAUAAAACAACAAAAAGAAAACAUAAAAAUAACAUCAAAAAUGGAAUUCAAAUUCAAUUCACUCGUUAGCACCGUGAUGUUGGUUGCUGUUAUGUUCGCCAUCGCAGCUGAUUGCGCUAUAAUCAGUGAUGAAACCAUUUUCGACUAUUAUCAGGGUGUACCGAUUUAUAAGCGAAGCCGUGAAUGUUCGAUGCUCGGUGGGCAAUGUGUCCAAGAAGGUGAUUGCGCUAAAGGUGAAUUAAGUCACAAACGUGGCUUAUGCCCCGACCGCGAAAUGGGUGUGGAAUGCUGCUAUAGAGUCGAACCACGUCCAGCUCCAUGCGAACAGUAUGGCGGUGAUUGUAUGGAUGGUUGCGGUGACGGUGUUCGUAAUGCGCUUGGAGUUUGUCCUGGCAUUCAAAAGUGCUGUAUUCUAGUCUAAAACAAGUGACAAGCCAACACAUACACACACACACACAUAAGCAACAAAACCAACGUCAAACUUGUCCAUUAUCAUUGAUUUUUUCCUUUUUUUUAGUUUUUUAUUAGAAGACACAACAAACGAAGGGCUCUAAUUUUUAAGCAUUUUAUCUAGAUAUUAAAGAACAAUAAUCAAUUACACUUACAUUUGAAUGUCAAUACAAUUUGUGCAAAUUGCUAAAAUAUGA